AUGGGGGACAUGAAGACCCCUGAUUUCGACGACCUCCUUGCUGCCUUUGACAUCCCUGACAUUGAUGCGAAUGAAGCCAUCCACUCUGGGCCAGAAGAAAAUGAGGGGCCCGGAGACUCAGGGAAGCCAGAACCCAGCGUAGGGGGUGAAUCUGGAGAGGCAACAGCAGCAGCUGCCCGGGAUGGCCCCGAGAUUCCAGCCCAGGCCUCUGAUCAUGGCCUGCCACCCCCAGACAUCUCAGCAGUCAGCGUCAUUGUCAAGAACACUGUGUGUCCCGAGCAGCCUGAGUCCCCGGCUGGAAGUUCAGGAGGGGACGGGACCCGGGCUGUGGGGGUGACUAAGGAAGGGCCUGUGGGACAUCGUCUGAUGCAGAAUGGUUUUGGGGGCCCUGAGUCAUCCCUUCCAGGUACACCCCACUCUCCAGCUCCUCCCAGUGGGGGUACCUGGAAAGAAAAAGCCAUGGAAGGCAAAGCUCCUUUGGACCUUUUUGCUCAUUUUGGGCCUGAGCCAGGGGAGCACCCUGAUCCCCUCCCUCCCACUGCACCCUCCCCGCCUCAGGAAGGGGCCAUGACCCCACCUCCUUUCUCUUCUCCCUUUGAGCUGUCCCGGGAGAAUGGCCCAGCCUUGCUGUCGUCUGGUUCUCCCCCACCGCUGGGGACCUUGAAGCAAGACAGCUGCAGCCCCAUUCAUCCUCCGGGCCUAGCCGGGCUAGGCUCUGGCUCUAGCCCUGAGGCCAUGGACAUUCCUGCCGGCGCCUCACCUCCCCAGGUUGCAGGGGUGCCCUUCUUCAAGCAGUCUCCAGGGCAUCAGAGCCCUCCUGCCUCCCCCAGAGUGCCCCGCUGUCAGCCCCUGAAGGAAGAGGAGGAGGAGGGGCCGGUGGCCAAGUCUUCCCCCAGAAGUCCCCAGAGUCCCUCUAGUGGAGCCGAGGCUGCAGAUGAGGACAGCAACGACUCCCCUGCCUCUUCCAGCUCCUCAAGGCCUCUCAAGGUGCGGAUCAAGACCAUUAAAACGUCCUGCGGGAAUAUCACAAGGACGGUAACCCGGGUCCCGUCAGAUCCCGAACCCCCUGCCCCCUUGGCCGAAGGGACCCUCCUAGCUGAGGCUGGCCUCCUGAAGCUAUCCCCCGCGCCCCCGACCCCUGAGGGUCCAAAGGUGGUGAGUGUCCAGCUGGGUGACGGUACACGGCUAAAAGGCACCGUGCUUCCUGUGGCCACCAUCCAGAACGCAAGUACGGCCAUGCUGAUGGCGGCCAGCGUGGCCCGCAAGGCCGUGGUUCUGCCUGGAGGUGCUGCUACCAGCCCUAAGACGAUGGCUAAGAAUGUGCUAGGUCUGGUGCCCCAAACCUUGCCCAAGGCCGAGGGACGGGUGGGGCUGGGGGCUGGGGGGCAGAAGGUGAACGGUGCCUCGGUGGUGAUGGUGCAGCCCUCCAAGCCGGCCCCCGGGCCCGGGGUGGGCGGUGGCACGGUGAUCUCGCGGACUCAGUCUAGCCUGGUGGAGGCCUUCAACAAGGUCCUCAAUAGCAAGAACCUGCUGCCUGCCUACCGGCCCAACCUGAGUCCUCCGGCCGAGGCCGGGCUGGCCCUGCCUCCAACCGGCUACCGCUGCCUUGAGUGUGGGGAUGCCUUCUCACUGGAGAAGAGCCUGGCAAGGCACUAUGACCGCCGGAGCAUGCGCAUCGAGGUCACCUGCAACCACUGCGCCCGCCGCCUGGUCUUCUUCAACAAGUGCAGCCUGCUGCUGCAUGCCCGAGAGCACAAGGACAAAGGACUCGUCAUGCAGUGCUCACACCUGGUCAUGAGGCCCGUUGCUCUGGACCAGAUGGUGGGGCAGCCGGAUAUCACGCCCCUGCUGGCUGUCCCUCCUGCCCUCGGACCUCCAGCCUUGCCUGCCCUGGGCAAGGGGGACGGGGCCAUCACUGCUGCCAUUACCGCAGUUCCUGCCGAGGCCCCUGUGCUGCCGCUCUCCUCCGAGCCCCCUGCUGCCCCUGCCACCUCAGCUUACACGUGUUUUCGCUGCCUGGAGUGUAAGGAACAGUGCCGGGACAAGGCGGGCAUGGCUGCCCACUUCCAGCAGCUUGGGCCCCCCGCCCCUGGGGCCAACAGCACUGUGUGCCCCACCUGUCCCAUGAUGCUCCCCAAUCGCUGCAGCUUCAGCGCCCACCAGCGUAUGCAUAAGAACCGGCCUCCCCACGUCUGCCCUGAGUGUGGGGGCAACUUCCUGCAAGCCAAUUUCCAGACCCAUCUCCGGGAGGCCUGUUUGCAUUUGUCUCGCCGUGUGGGAUACAGGUGCCCUAGCUGCGCAGUGGUGUUUGGGGGUGUGAACUCCAUCAAGUCCCACAUCCAGACGUCGCACUGCGAGGUUUUCCACAAGUGCCCCAUCUGCCCCAUGGCCUUCAAGUCUGCACCCAGCGCCCAUGCCCACCUGUACACCCAGCACCCCAGCUUCCAUGCGCAGCAGGCCAAGAUGAUCUACAAGUGCGCCAUGUGUGACACGGUCUUCACUCACAAACCCCUCCUCUCCUCACACUUCGACCAGCACCUGCUGCCCCAGCGUGUCAGCGUCUUCAAGUGCCCGUCUUGUCCUCUGCUUUUUGCCCAAAAAAGGACCAUGCUGGAUCAUCUCAAGAACACCCAUCAGUCCGGGCGCCAGGGGGAGGACACUGCUGGGAAAGGGGCCGCGGGUGCCCUAACGACCCCCAAGGCUGAGCCCGAGGAGCUGGCCUUGUCUCGGGGAGGAACAACCGUCCCCACUGAGGAGUCGUCUUCAUCCUCGGAAGAGGAAGAACUACCCAGCUCCCCUCACCCCCCUCGCCCAACCAAACGGCCCCGGCGGGAGCUAGGGAGCAAAGGCAUCAAGGGUGGUGGGGGCGGGGGCCCUGGAGGCUGGACCUGUGGCCUUUGUCACUCCUGGUUCCCCGAGCGAGAUGAGUAUGUGGCUCACAUGAAGAAGGAGCAUGGCAAGUCUGUGAAAAAGUUUCCCUGUCGCCUGUGUGAGCGCUCCUUCUGUUCCGCCCCCAGCCUGAGGCGCCACGUCAGGGUCAAUCAUGAGGGGAUCAAGCGAGUUUACCCAUGCAGGUAUUGCACAGAGGGAAAACGCACCUUCAGCAGCCGCCUAAUCCUGGAGAAACACGUCCAGGUUCGGCAUGGCUUGCCACUUGGGUCCCAGUCCCCUGGCCGGGGUAGCACCCUGGCUCGGGGCCCCGGUGCCAGAGCCCAGGGGCCAGGACGGAAACGCCGCCAGUCCUCUGACUCUUGUAGUGAGGAGCCUGACAGCACAACACCCCCGGCCAAGUCCCCCAGGGGUGGGCCCAGCUCAGGAGGCCACGGGCCCCUGCGUUACCGGAGUGGUGGCUCAGUGGAGCAGAGCCUUAUGGUGGGGUUGAGGGUGGACGGCGGUGCCCAGCAGUGCCUCGACUGUGGCUUGUGCUUCGCCUCCCCGGGCUCGCUGAGCCGGCACCGUUUCAUCAGCCACAAAAAGAAACGGGGUGUGGGUGGUGCCAGUGCCCUGGGCCUGGGUGAUGGGGAAGAGGUCCCUCCUCCACUGAGGUCUGAUCCAGAGGGUGGAGAGUCCCCCUUGCCUGCCUCUGGGGGCCCGCUGACCUGUAAGGUCUGUGGCAAGAGCUGCGACAGCCCCCUCAACCUCAAGACCCAUUUUCGCACACACGGCAUGGCGUUCAUCAGGGCUCGGCAAGGGGGCAGUGGGGACAACUAG